CAAGGCAAACUCACAAUAGUAAGCAGCCAGCAAUGUAGCACGUAGGUACAAGUGACAAAAAAGGGAUUAGAACAGAGACAAUACACAAAAAGGCCUAAUAAUAAUUAAGGACAAUAAGGAAAGGCAUAGGAAGAGGAACAACUGGAAGAAAUAUAAAGUGCUUAUUGUAAAGAAGCAGAACAGCCUUCAUGAGCCUUCUAUCCCAGCUCUGCCCAUUUGCCUUGGGGUGUAAUGUCUUCAUCAUCUUCACCCUUCUGCUUCUGCUGUUGGAUUUCAUGAAGCGCAGGAAACCCUGCACAGACUUCCCUCCCAGCCCCCCCUCCUGGCCCUUUGUGGGGAACCUGCUGCAGAUGGACUCUUCAAGCCUCAGUAACAGCUUCAGACAGUUAAAGAAACAAUAUGGAGAUGUAUUCAGCCUGCAGUUCUAUUGGCAAAAUGUGGUGGUGCUGAAUGGGUAUGAGGCGAUCAAGGAAGCUCUGCUCCAGAAGUCUGAGGAUUUUGCUGAUCGGCCCCCAUUUGAACUGUAUGAAGGCAUCGGGUUCACUGGAAAUAACAAAGGAAUAUGGUUUACAGAGUGGCUCCAUAGUAUUUUUUGCCCCUGCUGAGAAAGCCUCCACAGAGGUCAAUACAACAGCACCUCUAGUGUCAAUAAAGAAAUGCUGGGGGGUAGUGACAGCAAAAUACGGCCAAUCUUGGAAAGACCUAAGAAGAUUUACUUUGUCUACAUUGAGGGAUUUCGGGAUGGGAAAAAAAUCCCUGGAGGAGAGAGUGGGAGAAGAAGCUGGGUACCUGUGUGAUGCCUUCCAGUCUGAGCAAGGGCAGUUAUUUGACCCACAUUAUAAACUGAAUACUGCAGUUGCCAACAUAAUCAGCUUCAUUGUUUUUGGUGAUCGGUUUGACUACGAUGAUUACAAGUUCCAAAAAUUGUUAAAUCUGAAUCAAGCAAUGUUUGAAGUUGAAUCCGGAACUAUGGCCCAGAUUGCUACCGCAAUUCCCUGGCUAGCAAAACUUCCAGGUCUGGCAAAGAUGAUUUAUCGGCCUCAUGUAGAUGUGCUUGAAUAUCUACAGAAAAUUAUCUCUGACCAUCAGAAAACAUGGAAUCCUGCAUGCACAAGGGAUCUCAUAGAUGCCUUUACGCUUCAAAUGGAAAAGGCAAAAGGAGACAAAGAGAAUCAUUUUAAUGAGAAGAAUCUGUUGUUUACUACAUUUGACUUAUUUACAGCUGGAUCAGAAACGUCAACCACCACCCUGAGAUGGGGGCUGCUGUACAUGUUGCAAUACCCAGAUGUCCAGAGAAAGGUUCAAGAGGAAAUAGACAAGGUGAUUGGAAAAAGCAGGAAGCCUGUGAUGGCAGAUGUUUUGCAAAUGUCAUAUACAAAUGCAGUAAUCCAUGAAAUCCAACGUUGCGCAGACCUUGUGCCUCUGUCUUUAAUUCAUAUGACAUACAGAGACACGGAAGUCCAAGGCUUUUCCAUACCAAAGGGUGUUGCUGUCUGCCCCAACCUGUCCUCAGUGCUUAAAGAUGAAAAAGUCUGGGAGAAACCAUUCCAGUUCUAUCCAGAGCACUUCCUGGAUGCGGAUGGCAAAUUUGUGAAACAAGAAGCAUUUUUACCAUUUUCUACAGGUCGCCGAGCUUGCCUAGGGGAGAGGUUGGCGAGGAUGGAACUUUUUCUCUUCUUCACGUCUCUCCUGCAGCGCUUCUCGUUUCAGAUCCCUGACGGAGAGCCUUGCCCACGGGAUGAUCCUAUUGUUUAUAUAGUGCAGAUCCCACACCCUUAUAAACUCUGUGCCAAGAUUAGAUAAAUUACAUUGCAUUAUGUUUCUCAUAUACAAUAUGAUGAAUAUGCAUUAUAAUGUAAAUAUGGCAGUAUUAAUUAUUUACAUUUUGGGCCGGAGGGGGGCAGAUUAAAGGUGCAAAUCAUUAAUAAACCAUGAAACAUAGAAUAACAAAACUAAUAGCAAUGUUUCUGUGAUUUCUUCCAUGAACAAUGUACUGAGCCAGGUUGGGCUGCCCUAGUGGGAUCCUAGUGGGACCAAAUAUGGGAUAACCCAUGAACCCUUUUUAUUUCCACAAUAAGCCUAUAUAACCCCUAUACCAUUUACCAAUGUCUCCAUCUAAUUAUUGUGAGAUUGGGCCUUUGAUUCUAUGUUCUCUGGUGGGUCCUAGGAGACCCAUUCUGACACAGCUAUUCAUUUCAAGGUGCACUCCUAAGGUAACAUAUUAAAUUAUUGUUGAUGUCUCAUAUUAGAAAGUGAGUUCUUGAAUAAAAUGCUGCUUGUGGGUGA